ACUUGUUUGAAGAAAAUAUAAUGGAUUAAUACUGUAUAAAUAUUUGAAAAACUGUUUCAUUGUAGUUUAGAAAGAUUUAUCUCGCGUAAGGGAUAAAAACAAUUGUGUCAAUAACAGACAAAUUUAGGUAGAAAGUAUAAAAUCGCGAUUUUAAUAUCCAAAGCAAUAUUCCCUCAAGAAACCAACCAACAUGAAGUUCUCCGCUGUUCUUUUGCUUUUGUGCGCCUUGAUUGGAUACACUAUGGCGUCCACGACGACCACAUCCGCGCAAGCUUUUACAAGCACCUCCACAUCUGCCCCUGUUGCUCCUCCAUGUGGAGGACCCCAAGGACCCUGCGGACAGCUUCCCCAAAUUCCUCCAUGCGCUGGUGGAGCCGGUGGACCUUGCGCCAAGAAAUUGUACUUCUUUUAUUAAAAAACUCAAAUAAAUUAUUUUGAAAAGAA